AAAUUUUAAGAGACAAUAUAUCUCCCCCAAAAUUGAAGCUUACUGUAAUAUUCCAAGAUGGCGGUUCCAGCAGGCUUGCCGGUGGAUCAGGAGCUGAAAAAGGCCUUCCAAGAGCUUCAGACUAAGAUGAUCAGCACCCAGCAGCAGCUGAAGGUGGCUGACGCUCAGAUCGAGGCUCAGCGCCGGCUGCAACAACACGCCAAACUCACCGACAAGGAGAUCUCCAGUCUGCCGGAGGAGACACGCGUGUACGAGGGUGUAGGACGGAUGUUCCUUCUCCAGCCCAUCCCCACCGUCAGGGAGAACCUUAAGACGAAGAUGGAGUCUUCAGACGAGAAGAUUAAGAAGCUGCAGAGCAACAAAACUUACCUGGAGAGGAAUGUGAAGGAAAGUCAGGAGAACAUCAGGGAGAUGAUCAUGCAGAAAAAGGCUGCUAGUUAACUGGAGACACCAAUAUCAUAGCCUGGUAUCCAGCCAUAUUAUAGCUCCUGAGUCUCUUCUGUCCUUUCUGCAUAUAUGUGUUUGUGGAGAGGACAGAAGAGACUUGGGAGCUAUUAUAUGGCUGGAUACCAGGCUAUCAAUAUCAGAGAGAUGAUCAUGCAGAAAAAGGCUGCAAGUUAACUGGACAGCACAAUUGGGACUCCUAGCAUCAACUGUAAAUGUGUUUAAGUUUGGAGGGAUUUAAUUUCCAACACUUUUGUGUGUGUUUGUGUGUAUGUUUUACACUUGUCUUUACAGAUUGUGGAUUGUUUUGUAACAGUUAGAUUCAAAUCUAUGCUAUCAUAUACAAAUGCUCCAUUUUAGACAGAUGGACAUAUGAUACAUUUGUUUUUGACUAUAUUACUGACAAAGCACAUAUGAAUGAUUGAUUUGAUUAGACAUUUGUUUUAUUACAAUAUAAUACUCUCACACUGCAGGGUGGAUUUUAUAUGUAUGUCAAAUCACCCAUCUCUGUUAGUAUCCUGAAAUUGUAACCUGAUGUCAAUUUAAACACAGAUACAUGUAUGAUGUAUUGCAAUGUCUAUCUGUGUUUGUGUGUAAUUGACAAGCAUUUCAAUCAUGAUUAAUUGUGUUAGUGUUUGAGAAAUAAAUAAACUGGCAUCGUGACGACA